GUGGGGGUGCCCAGGGUGCUGAAGACCUGGAGGUAGGGAAAUUGGGGUGCACAGGUUGCUGGGGUGCUGGAGAGGUGGAGGUGUUGGGGUGCCCAGGGUGCUGGGGACCUGGAGGUGGGCCAUAUGUGGUGGAGGUGUUGGGGUGCCCAGGGUGUUGGAGAGCUGGAGGUGGUGGAGGUGUUGGGGUGCCUAGGGUGGUGGGGACCUGGAAGUGGGGUAUCAGGAUGCCCUGGGUUGCUGGGUGCUGGGGUGCCCAGUGGGGUGGUGGUACCCAGCGUGUGGUGACCCUGAUGUCCUGGGCAUCCUGGUACCCAGGGUGCUGGGGGAGGAGAGGCCGGUAUUUGGGGGUGCCCCGUCCCCCACCCCACGUUGCUGAUGAGCUGCCCUCUCCCACCCAGCCCCCCAUGCCCGUCCCCGCCUGACCCCGCCACCAUGGCCGGGGCGCAGGGCUGCGGCGAGGGGAAGAUCGCGGGGCUCUACGACCUGGAGCGCACCUUGGGCAAGGGCCACUUCGCGGUGGUGAAACUGGCCCGGCACGUCUUCACCGGGCAGCGGGUGGCCGUCAAGGUGAUCGACAAGAGCAAGCUGGCCGGGGAGGCGGCGGGGCAGCUCCUGCAGGAGGUGCGCUGCAUGAAGCUGGUCCAGCACCCCAACGUGGUGCGCCUCUACGAGGUCAUCGACACCCACGCCAAGCUCUACCUCAUCCUGGAGCUGGGCGACGGCGGGGACAUGUUCGACCACAUCAUGAGGCACGAGGGGGGCCUGGCCGAGGCGCGGGCCAAGCACUACUUCGCCCAGAUCGUCCACGCCAUCUCCUACUGCCACAAGCUCCACGUGGUCCACCGCGACCUCAAGCCCGAGAACGUGGUCUUCUUCCAGGAGCAAGGGGUGGUCAAGCUCACCGACUUCGGCUUCAGCAACCGCUUCCAGCCCGGCAAGAUGCUCACCACCAGCUGUGGCUCGCUGGCGUAUUCGGCGCCCGAGAUCCUGCUCGGGGAUGAGUAUGACGCCCCAGCUGUCGACAUCUGGAGCCUGGGGGUCAUCCUCUACAUGCUGGUGUGCGGCCACCCCCCCUUCCAGGAGGCCAACGACAGCGAGACCCUCACCAUGAUCAUGGACUGUCGCUACACCGUCCCCCCCCACGUCUCCGCACAGUGCGCUGACCUCAUCUCCAGGAUGCUGCAGCGGGACCCGAAGCAACGCGCCUCCCUGGAGCAGAUCGAGGGCCACCCGUGGCUGCAGGGGGUGGACCCGUCCCCCGCCAGCCGCUGCCUCCUGCCCCUCACCUCCCACAAGCGCGUCUCCCAGGAGGAGCAUGAGAUCAUCCUCCAGGCCAUGACCUGCGGGAACAUCGCCGACCGGGACGCCAUCCAGGAGUGAGUGACGGGGUGGGGAUGUCCCCCCUGUCCCCCCUCGGGGCCGCGGGGGGGAGGUUUUAGCGGGGACAGGGGUGUCAUAGA